GGGCCCCGGGGCGGGACGCGCGCAGGAAAUCCUCAAAUUGAAACUUAACUACACAGUUUCCGGUUGACCAGCAUUCAUGGGAAUGAAGACAAACUCAGAGAUGGUGUGUCUAAGGAACUUCAAAAGGUGUAGACCUCCUGACUGAAGUGGAGCUGAUUUAUUUCAUUUGUUUUUUUCCAUAAUAUUUCUGUACUUGUACAAGGGAAAGUCAUGAUUACUCUAACAGAGCUGAAAUGCUUGGCGGACGCCCAGUCAUCGUACCAUAUCCUGAAACCGUGGUGGGAUGUCUUCUGGUAUUACAUCACCCUCAUCAUGCUGCUGCUGGCUGUGCUGGCCGGAGCUCUCCAGCUCACACAGAGCAGGGUUCUGUGCUGUCUUCCUUGCAAGGUGGAGUUCGACAAUCACUGCACCGUGCCUUGGGACCUGCUCAGAGCCGGCGCCAACGUGUCCUCCAACUCCGGGGCGCCGCCGCCGCAGCUCCCGCUGCGCAUCCAGAAUGAUCUCCAUCGGCAGCAGUACUCCUACAUCGACGCCGUGUGUUACGAGAAGCAGCUCCACUGGUUCGCCAAGUUCUUCCCCUACCUGGUGCUCCUGCACACCCUCAUCUUCGCCGCCUGCAGCAACUUCUGGCUCCACUACCCCAGCACCAGCUCCCGGCUCGAGCACUUCGUGGCCAUCCUGCACAAGUGCUUCGACUCGCCGUGGACCACGCGCGCCCUGUCUGAAACCGUGGCCGAGCAGUCCGUGCGGCCCCUGAAGCACUCCAAGUCCAAGACGCUGCUUUCAACCUCAGGGUGUUCAGCCGAGAUCGAUGCCAGCAAGCAGUCACUCCCUUACCCACAGCCGGGCUUGGAGUCAGCUGGCAUAGAAAGCCCAACUUCUAGUGUCCUGGACAAGAAGGAGGGCGAACAGGCCAAAGCCAUCUUUGAGAAAGUGAAGAGAUUCCGCCUGCACGUGGAGCAGAAGGACAUUAUUUAUCGGGUGUAUCUGAAGCAGAUAAUAGUCAAAGUCAUCCUGUUCGUCCUCAUUAUCACUUAUGUCCCAUAUUUUUUAAGCUACAUCACUCUUGAAAUUGACUGCUCGAUAGAUGUGCAGGCAUUUACGGGAUAUAAGCGCUACCAGUGUGUCUACUCCUUGGCCGAAAUCUUUAAGGUCCUGGCUUCAUUCUAUGUCAUUCUGGUCAUACUUUAUGGUCUCACCUCCUCCUACAGCUUGUGGUGGAUGCUGAGGAGUUCCCUGAAGCAAUAUUCCUUCGAGGCACUCAGGGAGAAGAGCAACUACAGCGACAUCCCGGACGUCAAGAAUGACUUUGCCUUCAUCCUGCAUCUAGCUGAUCAGUACGACCCCCUCUACUCCAAACGCUUCUCCAUCUUCCUGUCGGAGGUCAGCGAGAACAAGCUGAAGCAGAUCAACCUCAACCACGAGUGGACGGUGGAGAAGCUGAAAGGGAAGCUUGUGAAAAACCCCCAGGACAAGAUGGAGCUGCAUCUGUUCAUGCUCGGCGGCCUCCCCGACAACGUCUUCGAGUUGACGGAGAUGGAAGUGCUGAGCCUGGAGCUCAUGCCCGAGGUCAAGCUGCCCGCCGCGGUCUCCCAGCUGGUCAACCUCAAGGAGCUCCGCGUGUACCACUCGUCUCUGGUGGUAGACCACCCCGCGCUGGCCUUUCUGGAGGAGAACUUAAAAAUCCUCCGUCUGAAAUUUACCGAAAUGGGCAAAAUCCCGCGCUGGGUCUUCUACCUGAAGAACCUCAGGGAACUCCACCUGUCGGGCUGCGUCCUCCCCGAGCAGCUGGGCACCACGCAGCUGGAGGGCUUUCAAGACUUAAAGAACCUGAGGACCCUCUCCCUGAAGAGCAGCCUGUCCCGGAUCCCCCAAGUCAUCACUGACCUCCUGCCUUCACUGCAAAAGCUCUCCCUUGAUAACGAGGGGAGCAAACUGGUGGUGCUGAACAACUUGAAAAAGAUGGUCAAUCUCAAAAGCCUGGAGUUGAUCAGCUGUGACCUGGAACGCAUUCCACACUCCAUUUUCAGCCUGAACAACCUGCAUGAGUUAGAUUUAAAGGAGAAUAACCUCAAAACAGUGGAAGAAAUCAUCAGCUUCCAGCACCUUCAGAAUCUGUCCUGCUUAAAGUUGUGGCACAAUAACAUUGCAUAUAUUCCCGCCCAGAUCGGGGCUUUAUCAAACCUAGAGCAGCUCUCUUUGGAUCAUAAUAAUAUUGAGAAUUUACCCUUGCAGCUUUUCCUAUGCACCAAACUCCACUAUUUGGAUCUCAGCUAUAACCACCUCACCUUCCUUCCAGAAGAAAUCCAGUAUCUGAGUAAUUUGCAGUACUUUGCAGUGACCAACAACAACAUCGAGGUCCUGCCAGAUGGGCUGUUCCAGUGCAAGAAGCUUCAGUGCCUGCUUCUGGGGAGAAACAGCCUGACGGACCUGUCCCCUCACGUGGGGGAGCUGUCGAACCUCACACACCUGGAGCUCAUCGGAAACUACCUGGAAACCUUGCCCCCGGAGCUGGAAGGGUGCCAGUCUCUGAAACGGAGCUGCCUGAUCGUCGAGGACAGUUUGCUCAACACGCUGCCUCUCCCUGUGACGGAACGUCUGCAGACGUGCUUAGAUAAAUGCUGAUCUAGAGCUCAGGGGCUUGGCCGAAGCGCUUCAAAAGGAAAUCCCCAGGGCUUUAUAGGAGAGUGAAAUUUCCCAAGUUAUAAAGAUGGGGGUGGGGGGAAUGGCUGGUGGCUAUAAUACACUGUAACGGGAUAUCUUAUUAAAGCAACUCAGUGUCUGGCCCUAAAUCAAACAGAUAAAAAAAAAAAGUCAGUGCUGAGCUGGAGUUUUGUAAUUGAUCUUUAACUUAUUGAGAUAAUGUAAGAAGUAUACAUUGAGGGUGGGUUAAGGGGCAUGAAAUCAUAUCAUCUUUAACUUUCAGUUUUUACCCAUAGGAAUAUAUAUAUAUAUGUAUAUAUAUAUAUUUCCUCUUCUUCCCUAGCCUACUUAUUUGCACAUUUGUUUUAACUGACUUCCUCAUUUGAUAUUUAUCACCAAGCCCAUAAAAGCUCAUCAGUAUAAAUUUCCUUGAUGUAUGCUCACCACUGGUUUUGAUUUAUGUCCAUAUAUAUAUGUUUUAGGCAGGGCGUGUUAUGUUUGGCAGAAUUCCUUUUUGGCUUAUUUUUCAUUUCCUCUCCAAGCUUGCUUGAAUAUUCCUUCAUCUGGAUUUCUCCAAUAACAGUGAGGUCCCUGAGAGAAUGCCGGCCUUGGGCAUGUGCCUAAAACAGGAACCCGCAUUCUUAGGUUCUUGGCACCCUCAACUUUAAUGUUAUUCUCAACAUUUUCUUCUUGUCCGUCAUCAAAGCCUUUCUUUUUUUCUUUUUAAUUUGUUAAGAAUUUCUUUGUGAAACCUAAGACACAUGAAUAUUUUCUAACCUAUACUCUCAGAUUCCACAUCUGCGAGAAUACUUUUUUGUCAGGUACAAAGAACAAACACACGCAUUUCUUUAAGAACUUAAUACUUAGCUUGGGCUGUUUAUGACUCCCGUUUAUACGCAUUCUGCCCCAAAAUGUUUUUGUACUCCGCGCAGCAAAUUACUUUUGGAUGACAAAAGCUUGGUGUUUUGUGUCCUAAAGUAUCUGGAGGUUUCCUUGUGAGAGGAUGACCGGCUGUAUCACCUACCUCUCUCUUCCCCAGCCUGGGUGACCUGCAAAUCUGUGGGUACAAUUCUUAGCUACUUAAAAACUGGGACGGAGGGGAGAGGGACAGAUUUGGAUUUUAAAAUUGAUUGGAAAAUACUUUGCAGAAAAGCAUUAAAACAAUUUUUUCUUCCAUCUGCAUGAUGUCUAGGUAUGGUUAUAAUAUAAACACUCAGUGUCUAUUCGGUACCUAUAAGAACUCCCAACAACUGGACCCAUUUAGCUGAAACGCAUCUCAUACUGUUAGCUCUGGUGUACUGCGUGAUGCCCCUUGUUUAUAAGGAGGUUUGUGUUUGGUUUUUAUUUUCCUGCAUACUGUUAACUGAAUAAAAAUCUACCGACUCAUGGGGAAAUGAACAUUUUUGAUGUGUUUUCCUCUACUGGGUCUAGGCACAGUGAAACCACCUUGAUUGGGACGUAACUAUAAUCUAUUAACUGCAUUUACACAAAACACGAUGAGUAAAGAAAGCUAUAAUCACAGAACUAUGGGGUGUCUUUUAUUUUUCCCCCUCUUGCUUCAUUCCAGAAAGAGGCAGGUGAGUUUUUCAAGUAGAAAAAAAUGUAGCUUCCCCCACCUGCCACGGUAGCCCGAUGUUCAGAGAAAAGAAUUACUGACAGCAAGCAAAACUAGAGUAAGGUGAGCUACAAAGGAGCGUAGGGCCUGAAGCUGCCCAACACGUUGUUUAUUCUAAAUGCAAAGGAAGAGAAUAAAAAAAAUAGACUUUUAACCAAAACUUGCCUUUUAAUCAGAGUAUCUAAGUUCUCAGGGAACCAGGCAUGACUGAGGCAACCUUCUCGCAGGACUUGUAAACAGAUUCUGAAUCUAUCCAGGGUUUUCUUCUUUUCACUUUUUUUAAAACUGUGAGUGGCUGGUUAUCUUAACGUUUCCCGGUAGAAUUGUUGUGUGUACUGAUUCCAGAGUUGGAUAAGAUGAUCUGAACUUUUGAACAUAAACGGAGAGAUGUUUCAAUGUUGUUAUUAGCCAUAAUUUGUAUUUUUAAAAAAAUCCCAGGGAACAAUUUUCAGAACAGAGUUCAGAUUUCCUAAUAUGCACCUACCACAAAAAAAGGAUUUCCCCACUUGGAAACUGUUUCCAAGUGCAAAAGUCUUGGCAAAUCAUCCUUAUGGGCUGGGAGAGGUUUCCUGGGAGGAUCAAUAGUGGAUCAGGUUGCUGCUUGCCACAUUCACUGCAACGUUGCUACUGAAGCAAACUGCUUUGCUCUUGACACCACAAUUUUUAAAUGCCUUUUGUAUUUAAAUCAUAUGCACCCAUGUUUAGGUAACUUUAAAACAAACUUAAUGCUGAUUCAAUGAAUAAUGACUUUACUGCUUGGCAUAAGAAAAAUGUGAUAUUAGUCCCAUCUUUUCCAUCAGAACAGAUCUGUAUUUCAGUGUUCAUAUUCACAUAAAAGGAAUUUUAAAUGAAGAAAACUAAGUUUUUUGAAAAUAAAAUUUUCUAAAUGAUUAUCAUGAGACUUUAGUUAGCAUUUGAUUUCUAAGACUAUGUUUUCCAAAAGCCAAAUAUAGAGGACUAAAAACAAAAUUUUGGCUUAUGCUAACAGUGGCAUUGGUUCAUUUUAUUUGCAUGCACAUGGAGACACACAUGUUCCAUGUGUGCAAAUUGUGUUUUUAGUUUUUUAUGUUUUUAGUAUUUUUUCCCAAAUUACAAGAGGUUACAUGUUAUAUACAAUAUGAGGCUAGCAAUCUUUUAAGUUCCUUACUCAGAAUUAUAAAGUAUUCUAUUUCCUUAGUUGUAACAUUUAAAAGAAAAUUAAAUGAUAGAAGUGUAUGCAUUCCUAUUAAGGUGUGUUUUUCCCUAACCUACAUCCGGGUAUACCUCUGUGGCAUGCAGGUACUGUAUUUUCAUUUUUUGCCCCUCAGUCUUAACUUUUUUUUCAUCUGUAUGUCACUAUACUUCAUUGUCACUUAGCAUAAAUUAAAUCAGGGUCCAUGAAGACCUCAAGGCCUCAUAGCGAUGUGGCUCUGACGGCAAACUGUGGUAUGCUGAACUGGUUUAUGUGCUUAACAUUACUGUUGGAGAGUGAAAUAUGUUUCCAUUCUACAAAUGUUUCAAUGAUUCCAAUUUUAUGUUUUGUUAAAGUAUUGCAUGAUACUGCUGGGUUCAUUAAAAUAGUCAAACACUUAUUCUGUGCAGUUAAUAUUAUUUCCUUAACUUCAAUAAAAUUAUCUUUCCAUCUUUA